UUGCAAGCACCGAAACCACAGAACACAUUUCCAAAAGUGUUCACAUGCCACAUAGUGUAAAAUAUGCAGCAGUAGCACCACAGCAACUCUUGACCACUAGAAAUUGUGGAGACCAUCAGAAGCUAGUAGCAAUCCGGUACUGUAUAAAUCCAUCCAACCCCCAAUCAUUUAUGCAUUGUCAUUCUAGUGCUGCUCUCUGCAAAUCCUAAACGAGGAGAAGAAGAAACCGGUCUCUCUCCAGUGAAAAAUGGUUCUGGUGUCGAGGAACAGUGAGAAAGAUGGUGCAGCAAAUGAUGGGAGUAUGGUGGAUUUUCGAGGAAAGCCUAUCGACAAGUCCAGAACUGGUGGAUGGCUUGCUGCAGGGCUUAUCCUAGUAACUGAGCUCUCUGAGAGGAUCUGUGUGAUGGGCAUAUCUAUGAAUUUAGUGACUUACUUGGUUGGCAAUUUACAUUUAACUUCAGCAAAGUCUGCAACCAUAGUCACCAAUUUCAUGGGCACUUUGAAUCUCCUUGGCCUUCUUGGUGGUUUCGUUGCAGAUGCCAAACUCGGACGCUACCUGACUGUUCUACUCUCUGCAACCAUAACUGCUCUGGGGAUAACUUUGUUAACAAUAGCCACAUCCAUUCCAAGAAUGAGACCCCCUGCGUGUGAAGGCAACCAAGAAUGCAUUGAGGCCACAGGCAGCCAAUUAGUCCUGCUCUAUGCUGCCUUAUACCUUACAGCACUAGGUGGCGGUGGAAUAAAAUCUAACGUCUCAGGUUUUGGCUCUGACCAAUUUGAUUCCUCAGACCCAAAGGAAGAGAAGUCCAUGAUCUUUUUCUUCAACAGGUUCUAUUUUGGCAUCAGCAUUGGUUCUCUGUUUGCUGUGCUCGUCCUGGUGUAUAUACAAGACCAUGUUGGCCGAGGACUCGGUUAUGGAAUAUCAGCAGGGACAGUGGUGAUUGCACUCAUCGUGUUACUCUUGGGAACACCAUUCUAUCGAUUCAAAAAGCCUCGAGGCAGCCCUUUGACUAUGAUAUGGAGGGUGAUAUUUUUGGCAUGGAGGAAGAGGGUUCAUCCUUAUCCUUCUCAUCCAAGCCUUUUGAAUCAAUACCAAGAAGCCAAGAUUCCACACACACAGAGACUCAAGUGUCUCGACAAAGCUGCAAUACUAGAUGAAUAUGCUGCUAGUGAAGAAAAUAGAAGCAACCCUUGGAUAGUAUCCACAGUGACUCAAGUUGAAGAGGUGAAACUGGUUUUCAUGCUCUUGCCAAUCUGGUCAACAUGUAUUCUCUUUUGGACCGUCUACUCUCAAAUGACUACCUUCACCAUUGAACAAGCGACCUUCAUGAACCGGAAAGUCAGUUCCUUUGAAAUCCCUUCUGGUUCCUUCUCGGCCUUUCUCUUCAUCACCAUUCUCCUCUUCACCUCCCUAAAUGAGCAACUUUUCGUCCCCCUUGCUCGGAAAAUCACCAAGAGUCCCCAAGGACUCACAAGCCUUCAGAGAGUAGGAAUUGGACUAUUCUUUUCAGUGGCUGCUAUGAUCACUUCCGCAAUAGUAGAGAAACAGAGAAGGAAAAUAGCUGUUGACCAAAAUACAAAAAUACGUGCCUUUUGGCUUGUUCCACAAUACUUCCUAGUGGGUGCUGGGGAAGCUUUUGUCUAUGUAGGACAACUUGAAUUUUUCAUCAGAGAGGCACCGGAGAGGAUGAAGUCUAUGAGCACAGGGCUUUUCUUAAGCACCAUCUCAAUGGGGUUCUAUGUAAGCAGUCUGUUGGUGACCGUGGUGGAUAAAGUAACUCAUAAGAGCUGGCUGAGAAGUGAUUUGAACAAUGCAAGGCUAGAUAACUUCUAUUUGCUGCUUGCAGCUCUAGGAACUGUAAAUUUCUUAGUUUUCCUUGCCUUUGCUAUGAGACACCAGUACAAAGGCCAGCAGCACAAUAACACUGAUGACAGUGGCAAAGAGUUGAAGAACUCUAAUGACAUGAUAGUUGAGGAUAUGGAGAAGAUAAGAAUUGAGGCAAAAGAGGGACCCUAGUAGGUACAGGGACUAUUCUGUAAUAUUGGUCCUCAGCAAUUAAAAAGAAUAGAAAGCAGGGUCCGUUCCAUGCUUUAGACAUUUCAUUA